AACAAAUCCCACCCAAAAAACACGAAUCAUCUCAGGCCUCGGCGGCUGAGCACCCCUCAAUCCGAUUCAGCAACUCUGCCACCUGUUUCCGCCUCCGCCUUCUUCUCCUGGGGUUUUUGCACGCACGCUCUUCCCAUUUCUCGCGUCUCCCCAGCCCCAGCCCAGGCCACACGAGCAAAGGCAGGGGGCGCCGCCCCUCUCGAUCCACGGAUCUCCUCCUUCCAGGCCUCCUGGAAUCUGCUGGUUCUGGAAGAGGCGGGAGGGCGCUGGAAACUGGAGGCGUCUCGGCGUCUCGGGGUUGGGGGUGUCGAGUUGUUUGGGAGGAGAGGGGAGGGAGGCGCAUGAAGAUUCGCGAGCUGGGCGACGGUGACUCGUCGCUGGUAGCGGAGGAGCGCGAGGAGGCCUGGGACGGCAGCGAGGUCGCCCGGCUGAGGGCGAAACGCGCGCUCGUCGGCGCCGGCGCCAGGGUGCUCUUCUACCCGACGCUUCUCUACAACGUGCUGCGCAACCAGUUCGAGGCGGAGUUCCGGUGGUGGGAUCGCGUCGACCAGUAUAUUUUGCUGGGGGCUGUUCCUUUCCCAAGUGAUGUUCCACGUUUGAAGCAACUUGGAGUUCAGGGAGUUGUAACAUUGAAUGAGCCUUAUGAGACUCUGGUCCCAAUGUCCUUAUACGAGGCCCAUGGGAUUGAUCACCUUGUGAUUGCCACAAGAGAUUACCUGUUUGCACCUUCUCCUAUGGAUAUUUGUCGAGCCGUGGACUUUAUCCACUGUAAUGCAUCACAAGGUGGCACUACUUAUGUUCACUGUAAAGCUGGAAGAGGACGAAGCACUACUGUUGUUUUGUGUUAUUUGAUCAAAUAUAAGAGCAUGACUCCUGAAGCAGCUUUGGAUCAUGUGCGAUCCAUUAGGCCCCGAGUGCUUUUGGCACCAUCACAGUGGCAGGCUGUUAUCUUAUUUAGCACUCUCACCACUGGAUGUUUUCCAGUACGGAUUACAAACCCAAACUGUUACCUUGAAGGCAGCCAAGCUUCCAUCCCUCACGGAGAAAUCGAUGAUUACACGAUGGAAUUUGAUUACGAAGAUAGCGGUUUACCCCUUUGUCAUGUUAUGCUACCCAGACAAAGCAGUCCAACUGGGUGUGUCGAUGCAGUGUUCAUAACAGAAGAAGAUCUCGAGGGCUACGAUACGUACAUUGAUACCAGGAAGGAUGUUGUGUCGUUGGAAGUAGCAGUCAGUCGAAAGCCCAUCAUGAGGAGACUAUCCUGCCUACUUGGGUCUCUGAAACUUACCAGCAAUUGUGAACCAACCCCAAGCAGGUUUACUGGGGUCCGCGCCUGCUAGGUAGAUUUCCAAUGCUUUACUCGGUUUUCUCCAUGUCGUGGAUCGAGAUACAUGAUACAGUACACUAGUACAUAGGUGGCUUAGCCAAUCAGGCAUCGUAGAAACAUCAAACAUGGAGGUUUCUAUAGCCACGGCAAGUGCCAAUCGGGAAGAAGCUUUGUGUGCAUAGGGAGCUGCAGAGUGUAGAGAUGUGAAUGUGCCGAUUGCUGUUGUUUUUUUACUCGAUAGUCGAGAACAUGUGAUUUCAUUCCAUCAUUGUUUUUUUGGAAUAACAAGAUGUUCAUUUUUGCGUCAGUAUUUCUAGUAGUACUAGUUUUCUCUUUGGAAUAAGACGUGGUGUUCAUGUUUUGCAA